GGUGAAGAGAAAACCAGAGCGAUGCAAAGCAAAUAUUUGCGAGCAUAUAGCGACUGUGACUAAACGAUAUCACAAGAUUUGAUUUCAUCACAGACGCAGUCAAGGCCUGAAGGGAAACUGAAGAGAAUGGAGUCUUCGGUGGUGUUUCUCCUAAUCCUGGCCGUGAUAAGCUUUACAACAGAUCACGGGUCCUGCCAGACAAUAAGUGCCUCUAAGAACCCUGUAGCUGUGGGCAGCAAUGUGACACUGUACAGCCAGAGAAAUGUCACUCAAGGGGCAUGGCUGUUCCAAAACAACAUCAUUUUGAUGAUUUUUGCGGGAAACCCUUUCAUAACUGAUUCUUGGAGCAAUAGAAUCACGUAUGACUCAAACACUUCGUCGUUGGCCAUAAGGUCACUGAAGCUGGAAGACUCUGGAGUGUACGUGUUAGAGGCAUUGAAUCAGUUUCGUGCCGAGUUGGACCUGUCCGUGCGAGUGCCAAUAUCAAAUGUGACCCUGACGGCAAAAGCAACCAAUCUGGUGGCGCUCAAUGACACGGCCGUCCUCAUGUGCUCUGUGUCCAACGGCACGUCCCUGUCUUACGUUUGGCUGAUGAACAACACUGUGGUCAGUGGAGCGAAUGUACAGCUCAGUAACGGAAACGCCACCCUGACCAUAGCCCCUGUGACCCACCUUUACAACGGGGCAUUCAACUGCGAGGUUUCAAAUGGUAUCAGCAACGCAACCAGUCCCCCUUUGUUCCUGAACAUCAGCUACGGCCCAAUUAACACAACGAUGAGCAUCAUGCCCACGGAGUCGGACCGCAUUUACAGAACGGGAUCUAAUCUCACGCUGUCGUGCUCGACGUUAUCCAGUCCUGCAGCGACGACUGAGUGGAUGCUCAAUGAGAAGGCUCUGAACAAAUAUGGCCCGUGGAUUCACCUCAUCAACGCUUCAGUGAGCGACUCUGGAAAUUACAAAUGUGUACUGCACAACGCCGUCACGUCCAGGUUCAGCAGCGCGAGUACAAUGAUCCAGAUUUUGGAUCCUCUCGAGGCUGUGAAGGUGAAUCGUGUCGGCGGACCAGCGAUACUUAAUAUGCCAUUCACUCUGCAUUGUGAAGUGACUGGAACUGUUGACAGAAUCCAGUGGUGGAGGAACUGGCAGAUUAUCGUUCCUGACAACACAACGAUCAUUGAUAUGAACAACAAGACACUGACUCUAAACGCAAUCCAGCAUUCAGAUAAUGGAGAUUACAAGUGUCAGGCUUUCAACUAUGUGAGCAACAUGACCAGCAGCCCCUACGUGGUCAUGGUGAAUUAUGGGCCGGGGAUGCCAACUAUCAUGGGACCAUCCCUGGUGAAGGCAGGACUUAACAUCACACUCACCUGCAAUGCAUCAUCCUACCCUCCCGCCCAAUACAGAUGGUAUUUCAAUGGUUCUCUCAAGGCCGAGACAGCUAUGUUUGUAACACCUCGUCUAACUGAGGACAUGAGCGGGAUCUACACGUGCAUGGUCUACAACAACAUCACCGGCCAAAACAAGACUGCACAGAAGAUGCUUACUGUUGUUGACCCAAUAACAGACGUCCAAGUAGAAGCACCAAUGGAUCCUCCCAAAGAAGGUUAUCCCUACAUGCUAACAUGCAAUGUGACCGGACCUGCUGAUCAAGUCUAUUGGAUGAAAUAUGAUUCGGUUCAGCAAGUAGACAGCGUAUAUAAUUACGUCAUGAAUAACAAGACACUCGGCUUCAACCCACUAUACCGCAAUGAUACUGGAUAUUACAAAUGUAUAGCUAUGAACGCCGUUGGAAAUAUGACUAGCCCUCCUCACAAGCUCAUGGUCAACUUCGGACCAGAAACACCUGUCAUCUCUGGGCCAAGGUACGCUGAGACGGGAGAUGUCGCGGCCUUCAAUUGUUCCUCCAUGUCAGUGCCGUCCAGUCGGUUCAGCUGGUGGUUCAACGGCACCGAAGUGUCCAAUACGUCAAUGUUUAUGAGCGAGCCCUUGCUUUUAAACAUGAGCGGAGAAUACACCUGCAUGGCGUACAAUCAUGUGACGGGAAAGAACAGAAGCGUUUCCACGAUGCUCAUGGUCGUUGAGGCGAUACAUUCAGUGACGAUCACCAACCGCACCUUGCCUAUUAGCUCUGACAACUUCACUCUCACCUGUGAAGUCACUGGGCCCUACGACACCAUCUACUGGAUGAAGAACAACACAGUUCUCAGAAUGAACACCACUGACUACCACAUUGAGAACAACAUGCUGCACUUCACCCCAGUGACAACAGACCAUGACGGGACAUACCAGUGUGUCGCUACCAAUAUGGUUGUUCAAUUCAAAAGCCCCAAAUACACACUACUGGUGAAUUAUGGUCCUCUGAGUAUGGACAUCAGUGGUCCAGUUGUGGGACUGGAUCUCAUUGUUGUACUGACGUGCUCUGCUGAUUCUCGGCCGAACUGCGACUUCCUCUGGUAUCGAAACAACAACUCAUCAGCGGUGCUAAAGACUGGCUCCACUAUCGCUUUCCCUGCAACUCAAGCGAAUCUUGGGAACUACAUAUGUGUGGCAAGAAAUCCAGUGACCAAGAUCAGCAUGUACAAGUCCAAAUCAAUCAAUUUGAUGGGUGGAGCCACAGCCGUCCACUUCUCAUCCGGAGGUGGUCUGAUGAUGAUGGGUCUGUUUGCUGUGUUCAUCCCUGUGCUGUUCACCUGAGCCCUCGGCACUGAGGAAUACAUAGCCAGAGUGCAAAGGCCUCUUUCUCCCUCUACAGUCUAUUUAACAAACAUACUGUAACAUAAAAGGGAACAUAUUCAAUAUUCAUCAUAUUCAAGCCAAUGUCAAAGAGGCAAAUUAUUUCAUUUUGCAAUGCUUGCUUUGCGUUUUUAUUUUUAUCUAUCUUAACUGUUAAUUAUUGAGUUAAAGUAGAAGUGGUUUAUAUUAUGGUUGUGGUGGCGGAUGUCACUUUCCUGAAGCCAGCUUCAUUAAAAUAAAUUUCUAUAGACGUACAUAGGUUAACAGAGGGGAAAAAACUGCAAGUCUCUUCCUCUGCUUUGGUUUUACUUGCAAUUCUUUUCUGUUGUGUGUGAUAAUAUUUUACAGUCAGUAAAUGUAUAUUUGAUCAUGCUUUGAUUCGCUAUACUUAUUUAUUUAUCAAUAAAAAA